AUGUAUUACAAACAAUAUUACACAUAUGAUACGAUAUAUACCCCAAUAUAUUAUCCAGGAUAUGUAUUAUAUGAAACCCCACGUUCAAAAGAUCCAUGUUGUAAUUUAACUGAAGCAUUAUGUGAUUGUGUAACUCUUACAAUAACAUCAAUUGCUUCAAUUUUUUUAUGUUCAGCUGAUUUGUUAAUAAAAAGUUGUGAGGGAAGAUGA